AUGGAGCAAGGGUACUGCCUCUUGACGGCCGGCUCGAACUCAGGCGGUCAGCUUGGAAUCGGUCAUCGGGACGAUGCGCAUUGCUGGACGCCAGCAUCGACCUCCCGAACUCACCUCGGAUCUGGAGGUACAUCUUUCGACACCUUCCCACCACCCGGGUACCGCAUCACCAAGCUAUCGAGCGGCGCGAAUCAUUCGAUCGCCUUGGUGCAGCCGAUCGAUGGUCUAUCGGGCUUCUUCACGGUAUGGUGUACGGGAGAGACGGUGCAAGGUCAACUUGGCCAAGCUGCUCUUGAGUUGGGCGAAGUACGGACGCGGUGGAUGCCUCUGUGCCUGGAGCAAGAGGUCCGGACUGCGAACAGAGGUCUGGGGAAUGGGAAAGAUGGCGUGAAUGCACAUGUCCUCUCUGCCCAAGCGUCCUCCGCUCUGGAUGUCGCAUGUAGCUGGAAUGCAAGCUUCAUCGUCCUUAGAGCUUCGAGAUCAGCAGAUUUGGCAUCGCCCGUCCAUUCCGACGUGAUCCUAGCGCUCGGCACUCCCAAAGACAAUGCUUUCGGCGAGCUAGGUCUGUCUGAUAAGUCCGACGCGGCCCCAGACAGUGAGCAUGCAGCACGCAUCCUAAACCUCGGUGGUCUUGUACACACAGGACCCCUACGAAUUGAGCAGAUCACUGCGGGACUGAGGCACGUAGUGGCCUUGGCUAGCUCUCACCGAUCGGGCAUCCAGUAUAUGCAUCUCAUAGGAUGGGGAGCAGCACGGCACGGACAGCUCGGAAGCUUCUCGGCUACGGAACCGUCGAACACGCAAGCGAGUGCAUCUCGUCCAAGGACCGGAAGCAAAAGCACCACCUCUUCAUCGCCAAGAACUUCGACGCCCCGCGUGAUCCGAACGUGGUGCUGCAAAUCCAAGCGCAAAAACGACGAAUCGAAAGCGCCGCACGGAUCUUUCUCCUUGGCCGCGGGAAGGGAGCAUACCGUCGUGUCUGUUCCGGCGGGCUGGCAGGAAGCUUCGGAUAUGACUCCGCCUUCAGAGGCUCUCCGAGUACGCGUAUGGGGAUCGGAUCGGCGGGGUCAGCGGACUGUCGCACAGGGAGACUUUUGCGAAUCUGUUUCGCUCAGUGUAGCUGCUACGUGGGAUUCUACGUUCCUCCUAUGUGAAGGUGAAGGCGUAGAUGCUGGCGAAGAUAAGAUGCAGAUCUUGGCGUGCGGCAGUAAUGCCCGGGGACAAUUGGGCUCGGGUCAGGACGAAGACGCGAGCUUGACAAGCAGCAAGAAGAUCCAGCAAGUAGCUCUUCCCGCGCACAUUUCCUCUGCCUCGGAGCAAUCGUGCGAAAUGUCGGCGGGCUCGGAGCACGUGCUCCUGCUUUGCCAGGCUCGAAUCAGAUCUGAGGGACGAGCAGGUCCAGCAGAGGUCUGGGCUUGGGGGUGGAACGAGCACGGAAAUCUCGCACUAGGAAGCAGCACCUCUCCAAAUACACAGCUUGAAGGCAGUGUCAAGUCCGCAGUGACGCAGUGGGCGCAUGCUAGGCCCACAAAUGUCUGGGCAGGUUGCGGAACUUCAUUUGUGCAGGUCGAAUUGACCAAAGCAUGA